UAAAGAGUCAUCUUCCCGAGGCUGCGCGUCCGUCUUGGCCAGAGACGGAGAACAACGGCGCGGCAAGUGAGACUGGAGCUGGACGCAGUUCUGCGCUCUCUCUCUUUCGGUCGCUGCGAAACGGGGGGAUUCUUGCUUAUGAGCUGCGCUCACUCUUGGUUGGCUGGCAUGCGGGACCAAUGCGCUGAUAAAUACAGAUCUCCGUCUAACGGGGUUAAAAAGGAAUACAUUCAGAACUGUACACAGGGGAGCACGUUCAUGCUGAUGGAAAUUGACAUACGCGACAGUGAUGGAAGAUAAGAAAGACAGGACAUAAGAGAAUCUCUUUUUUAUUAUUUUCAGUCCUCGGAAAAGGAAAGUGGGCCUUGCGCUUCUUCUAUAGCCAUCCGUGCGUUGAGCAGCCGGGCUCCCAGAAGGAUACAGUGACCUUCACGCACUCCGCACGCAUGGAUCGCCUCGUGCGAGGUAAUUGAAAGAUCUCCUCUCUCAUCCAAGGGCGAGACGACGAGCCCCUGAUGCUUCUGGGGGACGCCCGGCAGAGGAACUGCUCGCGGUUUGUUGCCCCCGGUUACAGAGGAACCCGCCGAUUUGUCGAGCUAAGCGCGCUAAUCACGCCCACGCCGUGAGGACCUAUCUGCUUAGCGAAGGGGAACCAGGGGGGGCCAAGAUGAGGGACGUUUCUCCGCUUGCGGUCUGUUUUUUCGCGGGGCUCGUGGCGACCGGAUUUGUGCUGGCCUCGGGAGGGAAAGCCGAUUGCCCCGAGCAGUGCGCCUGUGAAAUCCGACCCUGGUUUUCCCCCAACUCCGUCUACAUGGAGGCUCCCACCGUCGACUGCAACGACCUGGGGCUCUUCCUGCUGCCGGAGAGGCUGCCGGCCGACACGCAGGUCCUGCUGCUCCAGACCAACAACGUGGCCGUGAUCGACAAGCCCCUGGACUACCUGGCCAACCUGACCGAGGUCGACCUGUCUCAAAACAACCUGUCCUCCAUGGGCGACUUCAACCUGGGCCGCGUCCCUCAGCUCCUCUCCCUGCACUUGGAGGAGAACUGGGUUCGAACCCUUCCCGAAGGCUGCUUCGCAGAGCUGACCGGCCUCCAGGAACUGUACAUCAACCACAACCUGAUCUCGUCCAUCGCACCCCGGGGCCUCGUUGGCCUGGGAAACCUGCUCCGGCUCCACCUGAACUCCAACAGGCUGCAGGCCAUCAGCAGCCAAUGGUUCGAGGCCACGCCCAGGCUGGAGAUCCUGAUGAUCGGGGAGAACCCCAUUGUGGAAAUCCAGGACCUGAACUUCAAGCCCCUGUUCAGCCUCCGGACCCUGGUUCUGGCCAGGAUGAACCUGUCGCAGUUGCCCGACCACGCCCUGGUGGGGCUCGAGGGCCUGGAGAGCAUCUCGUUCUACGACAACGCGUUCGGGCAGGUCCCUCACGGGGCCCUGAGAACCCUCCGGAACCUGAAGUUUCUGGACCUCAACAAGAACCCCAUCCAGAGAAUACAGAGGGGCGACUUUGCGGACAUGCUCCACCUGAAGGAGCUGGGGAUCAACAGCAUGCCCGAGCUGGUGUCCAUCGACAGCUUCGCCCUCAGCAACCUCCCGGAGCUGACCAAAAUCGAGGCCACCAACAACCCCAAGCUGUCCUACAUCCACCCCAACGCCUUCUACAAGCUGCCUCGGCUGGAGACGCUGAUGCUCAACAGCAACGCCCUCAGUGCCCUGCACCGGAUUACAGUGGAGUCGCUGCCCAACCUGAGGGAGGUGAGCAUGCACAGCAACCCCAUCCGCUGCGACUGCGUUGUCCGCUGGAUAAACAUGAACAAGACGCGCGUCCGCUUCAUGGAGCCCGAGUCGCUGUUCUGCGCCGAGCCUCCGGAGUACGAGGGCCAGCGGGUGAGACAGGUGCACUUCCGCGAGAUGAUGGAGAUCUGCCUUCCGCUCAUCUCCCCCGAGAGCCUCCCGCUGAGGGUCCGCGCCUCCCGGGGAACCUCCGUCUCGCUCCACUGCCGCGCCUUCGCCGAACCAGAGCCGGACAUCUACUGGGUCACCCCCAACGGGGGCCGCAUCAUCCCCGACGGGCCCCAACAGAACCGGUACCGGCUUCACCCCGAGGGCACCUUGGAGAUCCGCUCCAUCACCGAGAGGGAGGCCGGCCUCUACACCUGCGUCGCCCACAACCUGGUGGGCGCCGACCUCAAGUCCGUCUCGGUCGAGGUGGACGGGUACUUCCCCCAGCCGGCCAACGAGACGCUCAAGAUCAACGUCAAAUCGGUGCAGCCCGAUUCCGUCCUGGUCUCCUGGAGGGCCGCCCAAGGCAGCCUGACGCCCAACAUCAAGUGGUCCGCCACCUCCAAGGCCGAGAACCGCCCCGCGGGAGCCUUCGGGGCCCGGGUGCCGACCGACGUCUCGGCGUACAACCUGACGCGGCUGAGCCCCUCCACGCAGUACGAGGUGUGCAUAGACAUUCCCAGCAUCCACCGCCGUCGCGACAAGACCUGCGUGAACGUCACCACGGAGGGGGUGGAGCUGGCCGCCGUGGGGAACGCCCGGGCCUGGGACUGGAACACCACGGUCGUGGUGGCGGUCGUCGGAGCCAUGGUUCUCGCCGCCAUGUUCGCGGUCUGCUCGCUCGUCGCCCUGUCCUGGAGGAACCGCCGCUCCUUCACCGAAUGGCGGAAACCUCAGCCGAGACCCUCCCUCCUGAGCCCCGUGGCGGGUCUGCCUGCCCCCCUGACCCGGCUUUGGUUUUCCGGAAAAGGCCUUCCCGCCGCGGUCGAGGUAAAAGCCACGGUCAUCAACGUUUCGGACAAUUCCGUAUAAGAGAUGGUUAUCGCUACAAAAAACGACAACGAACUAAACGAAUGAAAAGAAAAACAACACAAAAGAAUGGACGAGUCGAUACGGGCAAACACACAGGACGACGCGAAAGCGCGCGGACGUUGCCUCGGCGCUUUUACGUUCCAAAAGAAAACGUUACCAGAUACGACACUUCAGGGGGUUUCCGUGAACGGCGCAAGCGUUGCGGAGCGGAGACGGCGCGUGUCGCCCGGCGCCCGACAACGCGGCUUUAAAGACUGAACGCACCGCACGGGAUUAACGCCACGCUCCGCGGGGUGGCCAUAUUCCAGGGAACUGGCCGUUUGUACAAUGCCAAUGGAGUAAAAAGGGAGAAGAGUACAUUGUCUCUGUUAUUGACUGUUAUACUGUACAUGUAAAGAGUAGUGGAACUAUCCUUGUGAUUCCCCAACAAUUCCCUCUGUGCUGUAAGUCAUAUACACGGGCGAAUUAGCGAAAAAAACAGGCCUGUCUGCGGCCUUUGUGCUGGAGAAAACCUAGUAGAAUAGACAAUAACAGUGACUAUGAUGUAAAACACUUUUAUGAUGAAAAUAUACAUUUUUAAUGAAAAACUGACAGGGUUUUGUGUUUUCAUUUUUUCUUUUCUUUAGUUUUUUUUUUUAAAGCCAUAUAUAUUCUGUAAUGAAAAUGAUCAGGUCGUCUGCACAACAUGGAGCUAGUCCGCUGGUUCCUGGAAUUACUGUGCUUAUUUAUUCAUUUGAUUUUGGUUCAUUUGCUGGGGACAAAUACAAUAAACAUUGACACACUGUUAAAAAAACAA